AUCACCAACCCCUCCCCUCCCCCUCCCCCAUGUCCCUCUCCUUACUAUAAAUACUAAAUAUCAUUGAUAUAACUCCCAACUCAAUAUGUUUCUGACUGGAGGAGAACGUGUCACGUGUCAUGGGUCAAAACUCACUAAUAGGGAAACUUCAACUUGCACGAGAUCAGAGCGUGCUCCUUGAAACCGCGGCAAAUUGUGUGCCAGCCGGUGCCGAGUUCUAGUUUUGAGUUGGGAGGUAUAACUAUUUGGUUCUCUCACACAAUGGCAAGCUUUCGUCUCGUUUCUGUAACCUGGUGACGAGACAACCCCACUUGUGGAAUUUUGAAUGUAAAGAAAAGAAAACAUUUAGUUUAUUUGUUAGAAUCAUAGCAGUGUUAGGAUCAAGCAACGACCGUGUAUAAAACGUGCUCUCAAUAAACUUUAUUUACUCAUAAUAAUCUUAUUUGACUACAGUCUGAACCUUGUGAAAAAAAAAAAAUCCCUUUGUACUCGACGUAUUCAUAAUCUGAAUAAUUAAAAACCGUUGAUUAUCAUAAUCAACAAUAGCCUCCCUCAAAUCAUCUGCCACUUUUUGUGAGGAGGGUAAAAGAAUUUUAAAAAAAAUAAAUAAAUAAUCGAAAUCCUGGUUGCUAUUGGAUAACAAUACGGAACAAUUUUACUCAACCUGUAACAAAAUGUUGUAUUACACAAAGAAGAAUAAUUUAUGUAAAUUUUAGAAUAGUGAUCAGUGGUAAAUACAACAAUAAUCGACUUGAAAUUUAAAUUAAAGACUUUUAUUUAACCAAAUGUAAAUCAAUGUACGUGUGUGUUUGUGUAGGGGUGUUAAAACGGAAAAGAUCUGAGGGAAAUGUUUUUUCAUAACACUUUUUUGCGCUAUGAACACAGAUUUGGGGUAAUUUUAAAAUGAAUAAGGAGCAAAAAGACGAGAUAACAAGUAAUGAAUCUCUCGAAUCCGACACCUUUGACAGACUGCACACGAAAAUGGACGAAAAUAUUGUCGGCGAUCACGAAGUCGGUACAUCAUCAGCACUGGAAAGUCAGCAGCAGAUGUCACAAAGUUUUUCUUGGACUAUCCACAAUGUCGCAAUAUUGGCAUCACUUUGUGUUGUCGUCGUUUUAUCAUUUGCAGCGCUUUCCAUGAUCGCUCCAUUUUAUCCACAUGAGGUAAGUUUUGUUAUUAGAGAGCAAUUCAUAGCAUUUCACAUAGGAUAUGUACCCAAAAUGUUUAUCACGACCUAGCCUGCGGAACAGGCGGAUUAACGGGGCAGAGAGCCAAACGCGAUACACGAGCGCGAAGCGCGAGACGAAAAUAAAUCGAUUAUUUCCGUCUCGAACUUCGCGCUCGUGUAUCGCGUUUCGCUGUCUGCCCGCUAAUCCGCCUGUUCUGCAGGCUAAUCACGACCAAAUUGGUCAUAACCGGAAAAUAAGAUAUUUUGUGGUAAAAUAUGCACAUUUGACGUGCGGAAAAUUCAUCUGUUACAAUACUCUACGGCUCAUAACUGAGACCUACAUGUAGCUAGGAGAACCUGUACUUACGAGUUUAGUUUUACGAACUUUGACUGUAAAAAGACGGCGCAAAUGCAUGUCGACGAAAAAAUAUUUAGAGACCUAAAGCGGGGUUGUUUCUUACAUUUCAAAUCUUCUGCGAAAUGUGAAAAAACACGCUUCAAAAUCCCGUGAAACCAGAAAAUCACACAGCAGAACAAAAUUAAUUUUCUACCGUUUUACCAAAACAUUUAUCGAAAAAAUGAAAGAAUGAUAUUUAAGAGGACUGUUUUAUAAUGACACAUUUCUAGCAAUGACACGUGUUCAGUGAAAAUGAUGUUUUGUCACAGAAAAAUAAACUUCUCAAAUUCUAAAGCUUUAAAAUUGAUUUUACCUUGACCUGUUGUCAUGACAUUUCAAGAAAAAUAACCAGCUGAAAAAUUGCAUAGUUAUGGUUAAAAGGUCGUGUGCUGCCACAAAAAUCGUACAUUUUUUUUUACAAAAUUCAUCAUAGUUUGAUGUCAAAGCAACCGCCCUCUGCAAACUUGACGUAGAAACCAUCUAAACUUAAUUAACACAAAAUCCAAAAAUAGUUAUAGUACAUGGUACGGCUAUCGACUAAGAGGCUUAACUAGGUGUUUUCCAUUCGACCAAAGCGUACAAGCGGUACACAAAGCUCCUGGAAACGUUUCCAAAAUGCGAACUAUUCAACAUGGAAGGCAAAUUCUCCGUAAACGUUUUUGAGAAUUUUAUGAUAUACCUCGUGAGGUUGUCCUCUUUGACAAGAACGUCCAGAAAAUGGUGUGUUCCAUUCUCCACAGCUGAAAACGUCCGGAAACUGAUACUGAUACGUCUUCUUGCUUUAAUUACUUUACUCCAACAGGCAAAAUCUAGAGGAGUAUCUACCUCUGUGGUGGGUCUAGUCUUUGCAACUUAUCCACUCCUGGUCUUCAUUUGUGCUCCUAUCUGUGGACUCCUGAUAGCAAAGUAUGGCCCUAACAGAGUUCUCUAUUUUGGUAUAUUUACUGGCGGGGCAUCUUUGACCCUGUUUGGCUUUGGUGCCUGGAUUUCUAGUACAACGGAAUUCAUCGUCUUAAGUUUCCUGUUGAGGGCGCUUUCCGCAUUGGGAGGAGCUGCCUCUGAAACUUCAGCCAUGUCUAUUGCGAUAGAAGAGUUUCCAGAAAGAUUAGGAAUGGCUUCUGGCUUCAUAGAGACGUUUGUAGGAGUUGGAUUAUCUCUUGGACCAGUCUUUGGAGGAGGUCUCUACACAAUUGGUGGAUUUGAACUUCCGUUCUUCGUAAUUGGUUGUUCCAUGGUCGCUGCUAUCCCCGUAUUAUUAUGUACGCUCUCAAGUCGAUCAGACGAAAGUUCUGAUCAAAGGGAGGCUUUAUAUCCGAUAGUCGAGUCCGUAAAAAUUCCCGCUGUGUCGAUGCUUGCUCUUUGCUUCAUUACAGCCGGAAUGACACAAAAUUACUUCGAACCCAUUUUGGGGCCGAACUUGGAAAAGGUGUUGAACCUCAAUACAGCUCAGAUCGGUCUGAUAUUUCUUGUACCUGCCUUAUUGUAUGCACUUGUCACACCACUUGCGGGAUGGAUAGGAGAUAAAACGCAAUGCUACCGAUGGCUGGCAGUGUCAGGGUUCAUUGGCGCUGGUUUUGGUAGUUUUCUGUUAGGACCUGCUCCCUUUCUCACGUCUUUCCUGCCUACCAAAAGAGUCUGGUUUGUGUGCGUGGCCAUGGCGGUCACUGGUUUUUCAUGGGGAGUUUACUUUGUGCAACUGAUGCCAGAUUUAGUUAUGGUCAUGAGGGAGAACGGAAUGGCAGACAGUUCCUCCACGCGUGGAGUGGUUUCAAGUAUAUUAAGCGGCAUGUAUAACUUGGGGUAUGCCGUUCCGCUCUUUACAACCUGUUUUAAUAUCUAUCAAGAUGUUUUACGUCGCAUUUAUUGGCCAAACAACAAGUGGUGCACUUGUACUAGACACUUAUCACGCGAUAAUCUCCAGUUUAGAGAUACAUUUGUAAGGCUGUUACCAUUUCCUUACCAAAAAUGUAGGGAAUUUCGGCCGGGAAUUUUCGUUUGCGAGUCGAAGAAUGCCGGUUCCAUUUAUGGUUUCAUUUUGCUUAAGGCGCGAGGCCGUGAAAGCCAAAAGGUUGUAGCUGCCCCAAGCGAUGCACAACGGAAGGUCCGGGACAACCUUGUAGAUAUUACAGUUGUUUUCUGUUUUACAAAAUAUUGCUGGGAAUUUUGGUUGGUAUGUAACUGGAACACCGCUUUUCUGUUCAGUUCACGAACCGGAUUUUCCAGAUUUUUUCGUAAAUGGAACGCAACCACAGUAAGCCACAAUGUCCUAAUAGAGAGCAUUGUGCGUGGCACUUUCGAUAUCUGUUCACGUGCUCUGGGACAAUAAAGGAUAAGGAAAUAAAACUAGCCUGUUGAGACACUA